CAGCACCCACCACACAGCACCAUGGACUCCCAGGUCAGUAGCGAAUGCAAUCCAGGAGACCUGAUUCAGUUUUUCCGUGUUGGCUACCAGCACUGGGCGCUCUACAUGGGAGAUGGCUACGUGGUCCACCUGGCUGCUUUAGGUGACUCCCCAGAAGCAAGCGCCUCCAGAGCGGGCUUUGUUCUGAGCAAGACAGCGAUGGUAGAGAAGGUGCUGCUGACUGAUGUGGUGAAGAGAUCCACAUAUCGGGUGAACAACGGGUUGGACCAGGAGCUAAAACCACUGCCCGUGGAGCAGAUUCUCAGUUCUGCCCAGAGGAUGAUUGGCAAGAAGGUGGAGUUCGAUAUUAGCAGCAACAAUUGUGAGCAUUUUGUCACCAAACUGAGAUAUGGUGUGCCCAGAUGCCUGCAGGAUCGAAACGCUGAGAUGGACGCACUGCUGGCUAGAGCCAAAGAGGCGGCUGCUGCAGCAGCAGCCACCCUUGCUCAAUCUGCAACUGAGCAAGGAACUGGUCCCACCCCAGUGACAUCCUGAAGAAGCCACAGGAUCGUGCCCUCGAAAUCGCUGAGCAGCUGACCGCCCCCACCUCUGCUGCCUCCCUGACCCCGGCUCUCGGGCAGCCCGCAGGUCUGUCCCUCACUCUCCCUCUUGCUGACCGAAGGAUGGAAUGAUUGUACCAAGACCUAGAAUGAAUAAAUGUAUCUGCCUUUCCCUUCACAGAGGAAUUCCACUGUGUGUUGUGUAGGCUUCUAAACCAGACAGGAGGAGGUUCAGCGCCUGUUGGGGACACCAGCAAGCUCUGGCCGUGU